CAAUACCAUUACCCAACACACAACGGCAUCACGGGCACCUGCACCUGCACCACCCCACCUCCUCCCACACUCCAAUUAUUCUCACUUUCUCUCUCCUCACCUUAAAAUUCCCACAACUUAAUUUUCCCCCCCUUUCCCCUUUUUCUUUUCCAUAUCUGCUUCCUUUUUUCUUCCAUUUCUGGGUGCUAAUUUAUGAGCUCUACCAUCGUAUUUAUGGCGUUUCACGGAUCUUCCUGAUAAUCCUUUCUCUCUCUCUAUAUUUCUCUGUAAAUAAUUUCCACCCAUUUUUUGAGGAUCUGUUCUUGAGUUUUUCUGCUGAAGUUGAAUUCAAAGGAGAUUAAUUUUUGAAGAUUCUUCAGGUGUCCCUUCUCCGUGACAACAUUUUUUUAGGAAGGAAGAAGCCUGUAAACUUAAUCUUAAGUUGCACUAUUCAAUCAAAAUGUUUGGAGGCAACAAUAGCAAUCAUGCACUUCCUAUGUUUCUGGACGAGAAUCGUUUUCAGCUUAAUACUAAUGCACCAAACCACCAACUUCAGCUCUUUGGGAACUUACCUGUGGGAUGUACAGUUGAUCCAGUAAAUUAUUUUGGGAAUGAGCAUAAUUCAUCUAUUCUCCGGCCAAACAAACGAGGUAGAGAGGCUGAAGAUCUGUCAAGACAACAGAAGCUCCAAAUUUCUUUGAAUUACAACCUCUGCCAUGAUGAAGUUGACCGUUCAGCUAGCAUUCCAAACCAUAAUCCAGUAUCAACUGGGUUAAGGCUUUCAUACGAUGAUGAUGAACCCAACUCAUCUGUGACCUCUGCCAGUGGAAGUAUGACAGCAACACCCUCCAUCCUCAUGUCCCUUGGUGACAAUAUCAGGAGUGAGCUUGAACGCCAGAAAGACGAAUUUGAUCAGUACCUCAAAAUUCAGCAAGAGCAAUUAGCAAAGGGUGUUAGAGACAUGAAACAGAGACAUAUGGCUUCCUUUUUAAAUACUAUAGAGGAUGGCAUAAGUAAGAAGCUUCGAGAAAAGGAGACUGAGUUGGAAAACAUAAACCGCAAGAACAGGGAACUUAUGGAGCGAAUAAAGCAGGUGGCAACAGAAGCACAUAAUUGGCAUUACCGAGCUAAGUACAACGAGUCAAUGGUUAAUAUUCUGAAAAACAAUCUUCAGAAUGCAAUUUCUCAGGGUGCUGACCAAGGGAAGGAAGGGUUUGGAGACAGCGAGGUUGAUGAUGCAACUUCUUACAUUGACCCAACAAAUUACCUGACGGUGGCAGGAGGGCGGGGGAAAUCCAUAGCAGGCCCGAGUUCUGAGAAUUUGAUCUGCAGAGGUUGCCGAACACGGGAGGUAUCAAUGUUGUUGAUGCCAUGUAGGCAUCUGUGUAUGUGUAAGGAAUGUGAUGGGUUCAUUAGUGUCUGCCCCGUCUGCAAUGUCCCUAAAAGUGCUAGUGUGGAGAUAUACUUGUCUUGACUUGAUCUGAUCUGAUCUGAUCUGAUCUAUGGAUGUUUCCAUGUAUGUCUUACUAAAAUGUAUACCUAGCUGAUAUAGCAAAUGCUGAUGGAAAAGAGCCUGUCACUCAGCUAUCUGCAUUUGUUAUGGAGGAUUGUUGAUGAAUGAAAUUCAAACCUAAAAAAAUUAUGCACAUAUGAAACUGCUUAUUUUUAA